GCAGGCGGAAGGGCGCGGAGGAGGUGACGCAGUAGGCCAGCGCCAGCGUCGCGGCAGCGGCUUCAGAGGAAGCUCGGCGGCGGUGGCGGCCGCGGCGAGCAGGCCGGACGCCUACUUGCUGGCUGGGCUUCCUCUGGAGCUGGCGAAGGCGGGGCCCGCGGUCCAGGCUGCUGCCGCGUCGGGGCCGACGGCGGGACAGGUGCCGGGAGCGAGGGGGCAGCUGCAUCCAGAUCUCAUUAUGCAUCAGAAAAAUGAAAAAACAGAGGAAAAUUCUAUGGAGGAAAGGAAUACACUUAGCCUUUUCUGAGAAAUGGAAUACUGGGUUUGGAGGCUUUAAGAAGUUUUAUUUUUACCAACACUUGUGCAUUCUGAAAGCUAAGCUGGGAAGUCCAAUUACUUGGAACAAACACUUGAGACGUUUCCAGUGUAGAAAGAAAGCCCUUCAAAUCCAGAAAACGUGGAUCAAGGAUGAACCCCUUUGUGCUAAGACCAAGUUUAGUGUGGCUACUCAAAAUGUUAGUACUUUGUCCUCUAAAGUGAAAAGAAAGGACACUAAGCACUUCAUUUCCUCUUCAAGAACUCUCCUGAGACUCCAAGCAGAGAAGUUACUGUCAUCAGCAAAGAAUUCUGACCAUGAAUACUGCAGAGAAAAAAAUCUCUUGAAGGCAGUUGCUGACUUUCCAUCAAAUAGUGCUUUAGGUCAGGCCAAUGGUCACAGACCUAGGACAGAACCACAAGCUUCUGACUUUCCCAUGAAGUUCAAUGGGGAGAGCCAAAGUCCAGGUGAGAGUGGCACGAUUGUGGUCACCUUGAGCAACCAUAAGAGAAAGUGCUUUUGUUAUGGCUGCUGCCAAGGGCUGGAGCGCCACAGGAAUGGGGGACCCUUGAUUCCAAAAAAGUUCCAACUUAACCAACAUAGAAGAAUAAAAUUAUCUCCUCUUAUGAUGUAUGAAAAAUUAUCCAUGAUUAGAUUUCGGUACAGGAUUCUCAGAUCCCAGCACUUCAGAACCAAAAGUAAAGUUUGCAAGCUAAGAAAAGCCCAGCGAAGCUGGGUGCAGAAGGUCACUGGGGACCAUCAAGAGACCCUUAGGGAGAACAUUGAGGGUGGCAGUUGCAGCCCAUUUCCUUCCCCAGAACCUAAGGACCCUUCUUGUCGACAUCAAACGUACUUUCCAGAUAUGGACAGCAAUGCUGUGGUGAAGGGGACGAACUCUCUUGUGCCUGAUGGCCACACUAAAGGAAGCCCUUUCUUGGGCAAGGAGCUUAGUUUAGACGAAGCAUUCCCUGACCAACAGAAUGGCAGUGCCACACAUGCCUGGGACCAAUCACCCUGUUCUUCUCCUAAGUGGGAGUGUACAGAGCUGAUUCAUGACAUCCCCUUACCAGAACAUCAUUCUAGUACCAUGUUCAUUUCAGAAACCGAAAGAGAUAUUAUGACUCUGGGUCAGGAAAAUCGGACAAGUUCUGUCAGUGAUGACAGAGUAAAACUGUCAGUGUCUGGAGCAGAUACAUCUGUGAGUAGUGUAGAUGGGCCUGUGCCCCAAAAGGCUGUUCAAAAGGAGAACUCAUAUCAGAUGGAGGAGGAUGGAUCUCUCAAGCAGAACAUUCUUAGUUCUGAGUUGCUGGAUCACCCUUACUGUAAAAGUCCACUGGAGGCUCCCCUGGUGUGCAGUGGACUCAAACUAGAAAAUCAAGUAGGAGGUGGGAAGAACAGUCAAAAAGCCUCUCCAGUGGAUGAUGAACAGCUGUCCGUCUGUCUUUCUGGAUUCCUAGAUGAAGUUAUGAAGAAGUAUGGCAGUUUGGUUCCACUCAGUGAGAAAGAAGUCCUUGGAAGAUUAAAAGAUGUCUUUAAUGAAGAUUUUUCUAAUAGAAAACCGUUUAUCAAUAGAGAAAUAACAAACUAUCGGGCCAGACAUCAAAAAUGUAACUUCCGUAUCUUCUAUAAUAAACACAUGCUGGAUAUGGACGACCUGGCGACUUUGGAUGGUCAGAACUGGCUGAAUGACCAGGUCAUUAAUAUGUACGGUGAGCUGAUAAUGGAUGCAGUCCCAGACAAAGUUCACUUCUUCAACAGCUUUUUUCAUAGACAGCUGGUAACCAAAGGAUAUAAUGGAGUAAAAAGAUGGACUAAAAAGGUGGAUUUGUUUAAAAAGAGUCUUCUGUUGAUUCCUAUUCAUCUGGAAGUCCACUGGUCUCUCAUUACUGUGACACUCUCUAAUCGAAUUAUUUCAUUUUAUGAUUCCCAAGGCAUUCAUUUUAAGUUUUGUGUAGAGAAUAUAAGAAAGUAUUUGCUGACUGAAGCCAGAGAAAAAAAUAGACCUGAAUUUCUUCAGGGUUGGCAGACUGCUGUUACAAAGUGUAUUCCACAACAGAAAAAUGACAGUGACUGUGGAGUCUUUGUGCUCCAGUACUGCAAGUGCCUCGCCUUAGAGCAGCCUUUCCAGUUUUCACAAGAAGACAUGCCCCGGGUACGGAAGAGGAUUUACAAGGAGCUAUGUGAGUGCCGGCUCAUGGACUGAAACUCAGCAGGGACUCUGGGAAGUCUGACCAAGUUGGAGCAGAUGGUUUGUUACUUGAAUCUCCAAACACUUAGUUGAAUUUUUACAGAUAUUUCAGAUCAGUGGUGUUGGGCCACUAUUGUUACCUCAAAUUUAUUUUUUGCCCUUAAUUCUUUCUCCAGCUACCAUGUACUAUUGUUUAAUGUUCAGUUUGGUUUCAUUUUUAAUUUUAUGGAUUCUGUGCGUCCCCCAUAUUUAAUAUUUAUUAUUCAAACGCAUGCAUGUAGACAGAGCAUGCAGUGAAGAGUAUUAAAAAAAAAAAAAGCUUAGUAGAUUUGGUGCAGCUUUUGAAACUUAGUUAGAUGUGAACUGAAUACAGGUUUCAAAUUUAUUCCCAGAACCUAAAAAUGCAAGAUGUUUUUGAUACAACAUAACUCUGAGAAUAGUAAGUGUUCCCUGGGGCAUUAAGGGUAGCUAGGAGUGGUUUUGACAAAUCCAGUCCUGUUUUACUUUUACCAGUGGCACUUUUCACUGACUUUCCUCUCCAAGUGAGUCUUAGAGAGUGCAGUUCAUUCCUUUUGAAGGGCGAGAUGGAAGUGGCCGUAAACUGACUGGUGUGUUCUGUUUCAGGAGGCACACUUGUAAGCACAGUGCCUGCUUCGGGAAGAGUAAAUUAAGGUGUGAGAAAAAGACAGCAACUUUCGGGGCCAGUAACAAUGAUAGAUUUCAGUUGUGGUUUUAAGAAUUAUAAUACAUGGUAUACAUCUUAUAAAGGCUUUUGCUGGGAUAGUGAAUUCCCUGGAUUUUUCUGGUUUUGACCUGUUGAAAAACAAUUAUCCCAUCAAACCUAGUAGUCAAACAAAUAAUGCAGCUAGGAGUAAUUUGUAAGUUGUCAUUUCCCUGUGUUGCCUCCCAAUUGGAAGAAGUUAAGGUUUACCAAAUCCAUUUCUAUUUUCAAGGGUAUCUGAAAUUUAAACAUUCAAAAUUGAAGACUGACUGACUUUAGAUCUUUUGCAAGUGGCUGGAGAGAAGAGGGAAGGUAGUAAAGGCAACUUACUCCCAUGGGAGUGCAGCAACUGUAUCAGGUUUUUUUUUUCUCCUGUCCCUUUAGUGAUCUCAGUAACAUGCAGGGCACAUCUGGCUUCUGUGUGACCAAUGCUGACACUAGCAGUUGUUUUUUCUCCUCCUUUUGAACCUCGUCUUCUGAAGGAAGGUCUAAAUGGCCUUGUCCAUACAGUUAGCUGCAUUAGGAUUAAUGUCAUGCACCUUACAUCUUUAAUCCAGCCUUUUGUGACACUGGAAAGGAAAGCCGUAUGUUAAACCUACGCAGUUAUCUUUUCUGAAUCAGGGGAGGAAAAACCACCAGUGUAUGUAUGAGAAACUCAGAAGUUUGAAUAGAAAAACACCAAGUAAAUGGCAGAAGAUACUCAAAUUUAUGCCUGGGUAGGUUUGGGAUGUUGAAAAAGCUAAACUGUUUAGUUUCACAUGGCCCUAAGGUAUGGCUGAGAGAAGGCUGAUGCCAGCAAUUGAGAACUGAGUCAGACCAUGUUUACACGCAGGGUUCCCAACACCAGGGGUGACACUGGGAAGCAGCCCCAGCACUUUUCUCUCCUGAGUCCUCCAGACUCAAAAUCCUUAAUUUAAAACCAGGUCAGUGUUUCUUACUGUGUUUCAAGUCGUUACAAAGACUGAGAGUAGAGGCACUUUAUGCUGCUAUAGAUGGGGUUCUGUCAGCAUUAGGAAAAAUGAGUUUAAGGUGAGGAAGAGCUUUUCAUGAGUUUUUCAAACAUAAUUGUGCAAACAUGAGAUUUUUCCAAAACAUAUGCCAGGCAUUUGCCUCUAAUUUUUUUUGGUGGGGGUGCGGUAUACCAAAGUAGCCAGUCACUGGGCUAUUGAUUCAGAAUGUCUUAUACCUCAGAGUGAGGAAGUAUUUCAGUUCUUCAUUGACAGAACCUGGCAUGCAGAAGAGACAGAAUUGUUCCUGUAAGAAAAUCAAGAGCAUGAGCUGCCGUUUCCUCCAAUCUGCGAAACGUGAGCUGUCCAAGUCCAGAGACUCUCACUUCCAGCUUAAUGCUUCAUAGGGCAUCUUGAGGUAUGCCGCCCAGUGUGGCUUAGACUAAAUGUUGAGUUUGGUCUUUAUUUUUCCCCCACUUUUUUUUUUCUUUGAGACAAGAGUCUCGCUGUCACCCAGGCUGGAGUGCAGUAGCAUGAUCUUGAUCUCUAAAUUAGGUAUUAACCUCUGUUUAACUUAAGUCCUAGAUCAGAAUGUCCUGUUUUUCUGAUGUUUACAGUAAUUGCUUCCUUGGUUAAUAAAGGUAUUUUUGAAACACACUCUGGACUGUUGGUGAAAGAGGCAGACGUGGUUUUACUGGUACUAGUUUGGCACUGAACUGUUUGGGUGCUCACGAGGUAGGCAGACCUUACACCUUUUUUUUUUUUUUUUUUUUUUGAGACAGAGUCUCGCUCUGUUGCCCAGGCUGGAGUGCAAUGGCACAAUCUCAGUUCACUGCAACCUCGGCCUCCUGGGUUCAAGCAAUUCUCCUGCCUCAGCCUCCCAAGUAGCUGAACUACAGACACACGCCAUCAUGCCCAGCUAAUUUUUGUAUUUUUAGUAGAGACAGGGUUUCACCAUGUUGGUCAGGCUGGUCUCAAAUUCCUGACCUCAGGUGAUCCACCUGCCUUAGCCUCCCAAAGUGCUGGGAUUACAAGUGUGAGCCACUGUGCCAGGCCUAGACCUUAUGCUUUUGAGGUUGAGUGCACGCCUUGUGCUAACUAAAAGCUACUUUUGAUGAGCCUUCAACAAGCUGCCCAGUCCUCUCCUCAGCAAACAUACCAGGUUGUAGUUACUUCUUUACAGUGGUCUUUCCUUUUGUUAAAUCCAUAGCAAUGAAUAUAGAUUUAAUUCAACUUUUAGUUAAGUUCUCUCAAGAAUCCUAAUCAACUUUCUGUUGGCCUCUUAAGAAGGGGAAAAGAAGUUGCUGCCAAUAUAAUCCCCAAACUGUUUUUGGCUUUGCAUUCUCUUUUCUACCUAGCACUGAAUCUGAGUAACAUUGUCAUCCUGGAUUUAUAGUUGGAAGAAAACAGUAACAGACCUAACUGGGACUCAGCCAGCACUAGUCUCAUCUUAGCUGCCCUUUUUCUCUGCAGUUACAGUUUACUGCUUCCCUGGGCUAGAAGUAACUGGGGGGGUCUGGGCAGGUCAGACUCUUCAGGCAAGACAGUCUGUUAAUAGUGUGAAAUAGAGAUACUGAUUCCCUGCUCUGCUUAGUUAAGGAACGGAAUUAAAUCAGCAGUUAUAAAGCACAUACGUACUUUUGUUAUGUGCUAGGCUCUGCCUCCUGGCCUGUAGAUAAUUAAGACGACCCAGGGAAUACCAUCAGAGAAGUGCUAAUUGCAUUUGGGUGUUACAAAAGCAGACCCAGACAGGCUGUUCACUUAACUGGUACCUGUUGGUCAGAAAAAAUUUAUUUAAAGAUUAUCAUCAUAUGAAAUUACAGUACUCAACCCUUCUAGCAGAAUAUUUUUUUGAAAAAUAAAUAAAUACCUUUAUAAA